UUAGGAAAGGGAAGACCAGAUGCGCCAGCUCAGCAACCAAGAUCUCCGGAAACCUCCGCACGCUUAUUAGCUGCUCGGACCACUCGGGGAAGCUCGCGACCCUGUCCUGUAGCGUCACAUCCGCCGACCGACUGCCUCCCCGAUUGACAGUUGCAGACAUCCAGUCAGAAGCGGGCCCGCCCCCAGGCCCAUGCGCUGGGUGGGUUGGAGAACGGCAGGCCCCGCCCCUCGCCGACGUGUGACAUCAGAGUCGCCAUGUCCAGCUAUCCGUACGGGCAGGGCUGCCCAGGAGCUGCAGGACAAGCACCCGGAGCUCCUCCGGGUAGCUACUACCCUACGCCCCCCCAUGGUGGAGGGCAGUAUGGAAGUGGAGUACCUCCUGGUGGUGGUUAUGGGGGCCCUGCCCCUGGGGGACCUUAUGGACCACCAGCUGGUGGAGGACCCUACGGACACCCCAACCCUGGAGGACUCCCCUCUGGAACUCCAGGAGGACCUUAUGGUGGUGCAGCCCCAGGGAGCCCCUAUGGUCAGCCACCUCCAAACUCUUACAGUGCCCAACAGCCUGGGCCUUAUGGGCACGGACCUCCUCCAGGUGGCGCCCCUCCCAAUGUGGAUCCUGAGGCCUACUCCUGGUUUCAAUCGGUUGACUCCGAUCACAGUGGCUACAUCUCCAUCAAGGAACUGAAGCAGGCUCUGGUCAAUUCCAACUGGUCCUCAUUCAAUGACGAGACAUGCCUCAUGAUGAUAAAUAUGUUUGACAAGACCAAGUCAGGCCGCAUCGACGUCUACGGCUUCUCUGCCCUGUGGCAAUUCAUCCAGCAGUGGAAGAACCUCUUCCAGCAGUAUGACCGGGACCGCUCAGGCUCCAUCAGCUACACGGAGCUGCAGCAAGCUCUGUCCCAGAUGGGCUACAACCUGAGCCCGCAGUUUACCCAGCUCCUGGUCUCCCGCUACUGCCCGCGCUCUGCCAAUCCCUCCAUGCAGCUGGACCGCUUCAUCCAGGUGUGUACCCAGCUGCAAGUGCUGACUGAGGCCUUCAGGGAGAAAGACACAGCUGUACAGGGCAACAUUCGGCUCAGCUUCGAGGACUUCGUCACCAUGACAGCCUCUCGGAUGCUUUGACCCCACCCAUCUGUAGAGUGGCAUGCACUGGGGACCUGUCCUGGCUCAUGAGAGUGGAAGAAGCAUGUGAGCCUCUCUCCUUUUCCUGCCCUUCCUAGAAAAAGAUUCUCUCUUGCCUGAUGCAGCACUCUUCCCAAAAAGAGUUAGGAGUCCUGUGUCACCGAGGCCACAGGUAGGAGUGAGACAUGAGGACAGGACUAGACAUCAACUGUCCUUACAGCCGUGAACAUCUAAAUGGCACAGCCUCACACCAGGAGCAGGAGAGGCUGGUCAGUGCAGCGCUCUCCCUUCCCCACCCUGACCCCAGUGGGAAGUGCUCGUUACACUGUUAGCACCUGUGUUCCCUCAGCCAUGUUAUCCUGUCAGAUGAGCCCAGCUUCUCCGAAGUGGAAUCUGACCAAGCAUGAGAGAGGUAUGCCUGUGGGACCAGUGUGUUUGACAUCACCAUCGCCAUCACCCACACCCACAAGUCCUGUGCACUAACUUCUAGCUGCCUGGAGGCUGUCCCUGCUUGGGGAACUUGGACAAUGUGCUCCCUGGGUAUCUUUGGCCAGGCUACUGUUCUCCCAGCUUGGAUUCUUACUUGUCUGCCAUGCUCUGCUUGGUUUCAGUCCUCAGGGGACAGUUGCCACGUCCCACAGCCAACAUUUUUAUUUGCCGUUUUUUCAUUUGGGGCCAAAAGUCCAGUGAAACUGUAAGCUUCAAUAAAAGAAUGACACUCUGAA